AAAAAAUAUUUAAUUACCUGUAUUUUAGCCAACAGCUUCUAUAAUUUUAAGUUCAGAUAUUUUACAUGUACAUUUUUAACUUGAAUUAUUAAAUAUUGUAGCUACUAUUAAAUUCGAAAGCCAAAGCUUGCAUGUUGUGUCUGGGUCUUUUACUGAGCUCAGCUGUCCACAGUUAUUUGUAUUAGACGCCUUAAUGAACCUAAUUUAUUCAAUAUAAGCCACACAACUUGACCACGUUUGUAUAUACCAUUUAUUUGUAUGUAUAAAUUUGCACUUGCAUGUAUACCCAUAUAUGUAUGUGUCUGAAGCUGUCUGGCUAUCAGAUGGAUAUUUAAGCACCUGUCCAACAACAACAACAACAACAACAACAGCAACAACAACAGCAACAGCAACAGCAAUGCCAACAAUUAAGCAGCAAACUGUGACAAAGUCUCAAUUAGGCUAUCAAAUUGCCAGCAGGGACAGCGACAAUAGCUGAGCAGGACAGAUGCACAGAGUGAGACAGACAGAGAGCCUAAAAAGAGAGAGAGAGAGAGAGAGAGAGAGUAGGAGAGGGAGUGAGAUAGAUAGAGCGUGAAUGAGAGGAGGAGAAAAGCAUUGCAAUUAAGUGCAAUGAAUGUACUCACUGUGCAACUGAGUGUGUGUGUGUGUGUGUAUGUGUGUGUGCGUAUGCGUACGGCUUUGUCCGUGUGCAUGUGUGUGUGGUAGUCUGCGGUCAUUUGCCGUUGCAUCAACCAGUUGCUGCUGCCCACCAUUCAUUGCUGGGUCAAUUGUUUGGCUAAGCUAAAGAUUCUGGACUUUGGAUAAGGCAAUGUGUAUUUGAAUGAUGAUCCCCGCCGGUGGCUCUUGUGCCAGCAAUUCCCUUUUCACUUCAAGCAGCUCAGAUUACACGCGCUGGCCGCUUUGGUUGUGGUUGGCCAAGUGCCACUUAAUUGUGGGCAUAAUCAGAGCUGAAGACAAUUGCAAUGGCAAUUGCAGUCGUUGACACCUGAAUGCCAUGCGGAUAGCCAAGGUGGCGACAAUUUAACAUUUAACACUGCUCUUGGCAUUUUUCAGCUGACCAACAAGUGAGACGGAGGUGAAUAGCUCGGAAUUGCCGUCGUCGACUUGUGCCGAAUACUAAGCAUGUUGCAGAAUCCUUCCAAAUAUCACGCAAAUCCCUUGUCACACUUCCUGGCAUUGCAUAACACACAAGCCAGCAGCGUGGCACACGCACAUGCACACGGACAUGGACAUGGACACGGGCAGGGACAGGGACAUGGACAUGGACAUGGGCAUGGACAGCUGCAACCGCAUCAUACACUGCCAACGGCGGCGUUAGCUGCAGCAGCCGCGGCAACUGCAGUGACGGCAGCGGGUCAAAGUUCGUAUCAAAUGGAGCUGCAGUCGCACCAACAGCAGCAGCAGCAGCAACAACAACAACAGCAGCAGCAACAACAGGAACAACAACAGCAGCAGCAGCAGCAACUUCCCAUUGGCCUCCCAACACCCACACAGGCACAAUCGCACACACACACACACAACCACCACAGGGAGCAGCUGGCGACUGCGACGUCGCACGCGCAGCUCAUUGAGGCGGCCGCGGCGCAUACCUCCCUCGAUGUGGGCAAGUCGUUUACAAUAGCCGCCAUUUUGGGUCUGCAACAGCAGAGCAAGGAGUAUAAUAAUGCCAUUAAUCUGUCGCUCAAUGGCGCCACGUCAGCAGCGGGCACAGGUGGAGGCGCUGCUGGUGUGGAUGCUCUCGACCAGGAUAACAAUAACAGCAAGUGCUACAAUAGCAACAGUGCCAACAGCAACAGCAAUAGCAACAACAACAACAGCAGCAGCACUAGUUAUGGCACCAGCAACAACAAUAACAACAACAACAAUGGCCCAAGUGUAAAUAACUUCAAUUGUGAUAGCAGCGGCAGUCGCUACCUGCCCGCUGUGCAACAUACUCUUCCGCAUCCCCACAGCCACUCCCACUCCCAGCAGCGGGCAAAUUUUGCUGCUGCCGCUGUUGUCGCCGCCGCCGUCAGUGGAGCGCCCUCCGCACUGCAGAGCUUGCAACAGCUCCACCAGCAUCACGCGCAGCAGGCCUCGCUUAGCUUCCAACGUGACAAGCUCAAGUCGGACUCGCAGAAGAAAAGCGGACUGAAAAAUAAGCGCGUCCGAACUAUCUUCACACCAGAGCAGCUGGAGUGCCUGGAGGCGGAGUUCGAGCGCCAGCAAUACAUGGUGGGACCCGAGCGUCUAUACCUAGCGCACACACUCAAGCUGACGGAGGCCCAGGUGAAAGUGUGGUUCCAGAACCGUCGCAUCAAAUGGCGCAAGCAUCAUUUGGAGCUGACCCAACAGCGUCUGGCACUGAUUAGACAAACUCAACUGCCAGGUGGAGGAGUGACAGCGGUGCCAGCAUCGGCGAACACUACGUCUUCCGUGGAGCUGCCCCUGAACGCCGGCUGCAGCACAGCCUCGCCGAGCCUGCUAGAAGAGGACAAUGAGGACAGCAAACAGUCGCUAUCGCUACCGCUACGUCCAAUGAGUCGAGCAGCCUCCGAAUCCGAUUUAUCCAUAUGCAAUGACUCCCUCGAUCUAGACGGCGAUAGCCUUAUGGAUGGCAGUGAGGAGGCAUAAGCACUCCGUGCAGACAAAUAUGUAAAUAUAGUAAAAUAAAUCUGUUUAAU